AUGGGCAAAAAGAGAUCAAGAGAGGAGGGCAAAGACGCCCCGCCCGCCGACGCUGGCGUCGACAAAAUGGACGAGGACAGCAGUGAUGAUGAGGACUUUGACAUGGUCAAUGUCGAAUUCGAGUGGUUCAACUUUGACCCCGAGAUCGACUUCCACGGCAUCAAAUCGCUUCUCCGCCAGCUCUUCGACGUGGACGCCAGCCUGUUCGACAUGUCGGCGCUCGCCGACCUGGUUCUGUCCCAACCAACAAUCGGCUCAACGGUCAAGGUCGACGGCAAGCAAACGGAUGCCUACGCCCUGCUCACCGCUCUCAACACCCACGUCCACCGCGACACGGCGCCCAUGAAGGACGUGCUGAAAUACCUAGUCGACAAGGCGCAGACGAAUGCCUCGCUGGCCGCGGUUCCCGAGCUCGUCAACGCCGGUAAACACAUUGGUUUGGUGCUCUCCGAGCGCCUCAUCAAUAUCCCGCCCGAGAUCGGGCCCCCGCUCUACUCGAUGCUCAUUGACGAGGUAGAGGCCGCCGUGGAGGACAAGGAGCCGUACGAGUUUUCGCACUACCUGAUUGUGUCCAAGACCUAUCAGGAGGUCGAGUCGACGCUGGACGUGGAGGGCCGCAAGAAGAAGAAGGCCAGGGAGGAGUCGUCGACCUUUUUCUUCCACCCCGAGGAUGAGGUGCUGCACAAGCACGCGCUGGCGUACGGGAGCUACUCUUACACCAAGGAGAACGACUCGGUGGCCGACAGCAAACGAGCGUUCCAGGAGGCGGGUAUCAAGCCCGCCGGACACAUGAUUUUGAUUGAAGCGAGCAGGUUCCCCGGCGCUGUCAAGGCCAUUGCCGACUACUUGCAGCCACAGCAAUAG